AUACACCCUUUUCUCUGAUGAAGGCUCACUCGUGUUGUCUAUCAGCCAGUCAUCAUCAUCAUCAUUAUUAUAGCAGCCUAUACUGCAUACAGGGUUGCAAUCCCAGCCAACAGUGGGUGAGAGACAGGGUACAUCCUGGAUUGGUCACUAGUCAAUCACAAAGGUGCCACACACUCAAACAACCACUCACGCUCACAUCCGUAUGCCUACAGACAGUUUAGGGUUACCAGGCCACAAGGUGGAGUUGAACUCCAGACCUUCCCGCUGUGAGACAAUAGUCCUCCCCACCUGCCACCCCUAUAUCAGCUGUUUACAUCAUUACAGACCAACCAACGCCUUCAACACAUGAAAGCUAUAUUUAAAAUAUUUCCCCCUUGACUUUGGUGUGACGGAACUUUAAGAAACACCGCACAAUAAAAAAUAGUUUGUGUGUGUGCCUCCUCAGCGCAGUAAUAAUUAAUAGGAAACUUAGCUGGCUUAGAGAAAGAGGGGUACAUCUCCAUGGUGACAACCCCCAGGCCUGCAAACAUACAAACAAACACACACACAACUGCUUAGUCUGACUGACACCCAUCAGAGGAGCAGCAUGCACCGAUCUUACCAGCCGCUAAAGCCCGUCACCAACCGAUACCUGCAGCACCGAUGGGACCUGAACCAGUACGAGCUGCACCGCAGGAAGGUGAGCUCCACCCUCCCGGUAGUGGACAACAAGGGCAUGAGGACGCCAGCUCACAUCCAACUAAAACCGAAAAAACUGCCGGACCAGCGUCGGUCCAUCAUUGACAGAGAUAACCGGCUCCUGGCCUCCAAACUGGCCCACAUAGUUUGCUCUGAAGGUCUGGUGGACCAUCGAAACCAGUACAGCCUGAGAAGUCUGAACGGCGACAAGAGAAGGGAGGAGCUUCUGCAGGUUGGCCUUCAGAACCUGGCCAUCUACCGGCGGAUCACGUGCCGCCAGUCAGAGUACCGCCGCCAGCUGUGGAGUGACGAGUGGGAGAGGACGGAGCGCCGGCGGGACGACAUUUCCCAGCAUCCUCGGGGGCUCGCAGGGAAACAGAGGAAGGUGAAGUUUGCAGCAACACCAACGGAGAAACUUGGGACACAAAGAAACUCCUCAAAGUGUCCUCAGUGUUCAUGAAGAAGUGUAUCAGCCCAACGACAGGAAGGGGCGGCGGCCAUGUUUGCUUGCUUCAUGGGAGGAACUUCAGAAGAGCAAAUACACCUGUUUAUG